AUGUCCGAACCUAGCACCAAGAGAAUUCAAUAUCAGAGAGAAGAUCGUUCGCACUACAACCGACAACGGAUCGAACUUCCUGAAAGAGUUUAUGGGCAGUCUGACGAGAACAACAAUCCUGAACCUGUAGGAGAGGGUGAUGGAGAAGAGGAUGACGGUGGCCAAAAUGAUGAUUCCAAUGAAGAGGAAAGCAUUGAGGGUGUUGAAUUUGUUGAUGCCGGAGCCCUGUUAAAAGAAGAUGACUACUUGGAAUACCAGCUACCCAAGCACCAUCGCUGCGCCUGCCACCUGCUCAAUUUAGUGUCAACAGUUGAUGCUUCUAAAGCAGAGAGCAACCCAUUGUACAAGCGUGUGGCAAGGUCCACAUUUUCCAAAUGCUCUAGCUUGUGGAACAAAAGUUCAAGAUCAAGCACUGCAGCUGAAGCAAUUGAAGACCACUGUAAACUACAACUCGUAAGGCCUGUGCCGACAAGGUGGAAUUCACUCUUUUCAGCUGUAGAAAGAAUAGUGAGAAUCACCAGAGAACAAGGAGAAGGAGCCCUUGCAGCUGUCUGCACUGAAUUAGGUACACCUAAGUUUACUCCAGUGGAACUCGCAUUUCUUGCAGAAUAUGCCAAGACAAUGUCUCCAGUUGCGAAGGCACUUGACGUUCUCCAAGGAGAAACAAGUGUGCAGAUGGGAUGGUUGGUCCCCACUAUUACACUACUUGGAUCCAAGCUCCAUCACCUUCACGCCGCCUCCAAGUUUUGUGAGCCUUUGAUUGCAGCACUUCUCGUAGGCCUGGACAAACGCUUCGGAGAGAUGCUUGCCGAUCCAGAGCUGAUCGCCGCAGCCAUUCUAGUCCCGAAAUUUAAGACCUACUGGACAAGUGAGGAAAAUAUCCUCAAAUGUGGCCUUGACGAUAUCAGAAGCCACUUGGACUGUCAGGCCGAGAAUCACGGCAGUGAGGGGUCCCAAUCAUCUGAGGAAGAGGACUUCUUUUCCUCCUUGAAGAAGACUGGCCCUUUUGAAACGUCCCAGCAGUUGGAUGCGUACCUGGGGUGCCAAGGAGACACAGUAGAGGUACUGAAGACCUUCCCAGCUGUAUGA